AGCCGCGAAGUAAGGAAGACGUGCCAUUAUAAUCUCAUGCAGUGUUUUCAAAGUGAACGAUUUUGGUCAUGACUUAAGAUUUAUUGUUAGUGAAUCAAAUAUUUCAACGUCAUUAAAAAUUCUGGACAGCUGUGCUGAUGAAGAGCAACGCUUUAGUAUGAAAAUUAAGGAGAAUCGUUGACAGUAGAACUAGCGAUGCCUCAUUAUUCGAGCAUUCGAGAACGAGCGAGCGUAAGCGCGCUGUGUAAUAUUUAUGAGACUGAGGAGCUAAAGAAGAAUAAAGCCUUCAGGUACUUCACUGCAGCGUCUGACUCCAGGGUUCUUGUUGUGGACCCAGAGGCAGGAGUACACGACGGUAACUGGAGAGAUAAUCGACACUCGGAUGGCAAGAGCGUUGAGUUUAUCACGGCCACCGCGGGAGACUACAUCUGGAUCGAGCCCACCUCUCGCCGGGAGUUCGACGUGGCCAUCGGAGCUCGCGUCGUCAGCGCCGAAGGACGCAGAAUACAAGUCAAGGAUGACGAUGAUAAUGAGUUAUGGCUUACGCCGGAGCGUCGCAUCAAGGCGAUGCACCCGACGUCUGUUCAGGGCGUCGAGGACAUGAUCAGCCUGGGCGACCUGCACGAGGCUGGCAUCUUGCGUAACUUGCUCAUCAGAUACAACGAAAACCUCAUAUAUACCUACACGGGCUCGAUUUUGGUUGCAGUCAACCCAUACCAAAUUCUGCCAAUUUACACCGUCGAGCAAAUCAAGCUGUACAGGGGCAAGAAGAUCGGAGAGCUCCCGCCACACAUCUUUGCAAUUGGCGACAGCUGCUACAACAACAUGAAGAGAUUCAGACAAGACCAAUGCAUCGUUAUCAGUGGUGAGUCUGGAGCCGGCAAGACUGAGAGCACGAAGCUCAUCCUACAAUACCUCGCCGCCAUUUCCGGCAAACACUCUUGGAUUGAACAACAAAUUUUAGAAGCGAAUCCUAUUCUGGAAGCUUUUGGUAACGCCAAGACCAUCCGAAACGACAACUCUUCAAGAUUUGGCAAGUACGUCGACAUCCACUUCUCGAAAGAAGGUGUAAUAGAAGGCGCUAGAAUAGAACAAUACCUUCUUGAGAAGUCCCGACUUGUGUCCCAAGGUUCUGAUGAAAGAAACUAUCACAUCUUCUACUGCAUGCUUGCCGGCAUGACGAGGGAGGAAAGACAGAAACUGGAACUUUCAGAUGCUUCCAACUACAGCUACUUGACUGGGGGCGGAAGCAUCACGUGCGACGGCCGUGACGAUGCCAGGGAGUUCGCCGACAUCAGAUCUGCCAUGAAGGUCCUCAUGUUCAGCGACUCUGAAGUCUGGGAGAUCCUUAAGCUGCUCGCGUCUAUCCUCCACAUGGGCAACAUCAAAUUCAGGGGCAAGGUUGUCGACAACCUGGACGCGACGGAAGUGCCAGACAUGACAUCCCUGAUCCGAGUCGCCAAAUUCCUCGGUUUGGACUCCCGUAACCUGAAGGAGGCCCUCACACUGAAGACCAUCUUCGCUCAGGGCGAGACUGUCGUCUCCACUCUGAGCCAUCGCCAUGCGAUGGACGUAAGAGAUGCGUUCGUCAAAGGUAUCUACGGACGACUCUUCAUUUGGAUCGUCACUAAAGUCAACGCCGCAAUUUAUAAACCUCAUUCUCAGACUAGGACGUCAAUUGGUAUUCUCGACAUCUUUGGCUUUGAAAACUUCAAAAUAAACAGUUUUGAACAGUUCUGCAUCAACUACGCAAACGAGAACUUGCAGCAGUUCUUCGUGCAGCACAUCUUCAAGCUGGAGCAGGAGGAGUACAACGCGGAGAACAUCAACUGGCAGCACAUCGAGUUUGUCGACAACCAAGACACUCUCGACAUGAUCGCCAUCAAGCAGCUCAAUAUCAUGGCUCUCAUAGACGAAGAAUCAAAGUUCCCCAAGGGAACUGAUCACACGAUGUUGCUGAAGCUGCACAAGCAGCAAGGCUGGAACAAGCAAUACCUGAAACCAAAGUCUGACUUGAAUCACUCCUUCGGCAUCAAUCAUUUUGCCGGGGUUGUGUUCUACGAUACCAGAGGUUUCCUAGAGAAGAACCGUGACACGUUCAGCGCCGACUUGCUGCAGCUAAUCCACAACACGAGCAACAAAUUUCUCCAGCAUUUAUUCAUCGAUGACAUCAGCAUGGGUUCAGAGACGAGGAAGCGAGCUCCUACGUUGUCGGCUCAGUUCAAAAAGUCUCUAGACGCCCUCAUGAAGACCUUGUCCAACUGCCAGCCCUUCUUCAUCCGCUGUAUCAAGCCCAACGAGUACAAGAAGCCCAUGUUGUUCGACCGCGAGCUGUGCUGCCGCCAGCUGCGUUACUCCGGCAUGAUGGAGACCAUCAGGAUCCGCAGGGCGGGCUACCCCAUCCGCCACACCUUCAGGGAGUUCGUCGAGCGCUACAGGUUCCUCAUCCACGGAUGCCCGCCCGCUCACAGAGUUGACUGUUUUGCUGCGACCACAAAAAUUUGCCGGGAGGUGCUGGGAAAGUCGGACUAUCAGUUGGGCCACACUAAAGUUUUCCUGAAGGAUGCCCACGAUCUGUUCCUGGAGCAGGAGAGGGACAGAGUCCUGACGAGGAAGAUUACCAUCCUGCAGCGAUGUGUUCGAGGCUGGUACUACAGGAGGAGGUACAAGAAAAUGCGUGAGAGUGUCAUAAUAAUCCAGAAGAACUGGCGAGCCUGGGCGCAGAAGAGGCGCUACAAGAACAUGCGUGUUGGCUACAUGCGCCUGCAGGCGCUCAUCAGGUCGCGGGUUGUGUCUCAUCGCUUCAGACACUUGCGCGGCCACGUCGUCGCCCUGCAGGCCCGCUGUCGAGGCUUCCUGGUACGUCGUGAAGUGGCGCACCGCAUGUGGGCGGCGACGAGAAUACAGGCGCAGGUGCGCGGGCUGAUCGCGCGCCGGCAGUACCGGCGACUCAAGAAACGCGUAGAAGCCGCGAGACUCAAGGAAGAGGAGGAACAGGCGCUCAGGAAACAAAUGAACAAAAAGAAAGCCAAAGAAAUAGCUGAAAUUCAGUACAGGGAGCGAAUGGUGCAAAUGGAGCAAGAAGAAGUUCUCAGGACGCAGAAGGAGCGAGAGCUCCUAGAAAAGAAACGUCAGCUCGUCCACGAUGUCGAGAGACGACGAGACGAGCCGGUGGACGAUUCCCAACUUGUCGAGCAAAUGUUCGACUUCUUGCCAGACUCUGCGUCAGAGACGCAAGUGCCUCCCACGGCUUUCAAGGUGUCGCAUGUGUUCAGUUCAAGAUUAUAG